AUGGUCUCAACACGACUUCAAACAGGAGCCAUCAGCACCAGGAAGUACACUCCGCUCAGCAUCACUCUGCAUGACCUCUCCCUCACUAGUCCAACAUCUCCAACACGUCCAAACAACCGCAAAAAUGGUUCCAGUUCGCCAACCAAGAUUCUCAAGCCAGUAGCUGGUCGAAAAGGGUCUCUCAAGUCAUCCACGGCCCCUAAACAGAAACUCAAAAGCGCUGCCGCAAGGUUGACCAGUACUGAGUUAGAAUUGCUCGACACUUCACUUAGACAUAGCACAGGAAAAACGAGAGAAACAGUUGGCCCCUUUCCGGCUACGCCAAAGGCCAAACGUUCGCAGAAACUUAGGGCUCGAAAUGCCCAAAAGGUUCCCGCAGACAUGUGUCCCGGCAACGCUGUCUUCCCAUCUGCCAUAUUCGGUGCCAGAGAAGAAGUUGGUCUAUCCAAAAUAGGUCGAGCAAACAAAGAGGUCAAACUGUGGGAAGAGAUUCUCGUAACUCAUCAAGAGAAUGUCCCAGACUUGGUGCCCAUCGUCGAGGAGAGAUUACAAGGCGCCAAAACCAGAAGGGCAUGUCUCGAUGACAAGCUCUUGGCGAACUUGCAAGUCGGAGACAUGGACCCAGCAGCAUCUGCUAUCAAGGCCCGACUCCAAAUCCUCCAAUAUGGACUUGACACAUCCAAGUUCAAACCAGAAUCCAGAAACAUUAAGUGCGCUAUGGCAGCAUACAAGUCCGGCGCUAUCGGAUAUCAAGGUUAUUAUACCAUCAUAUAUGCAGGACAUGUAGUAGACACUGCUCCCACCUACGGCGACUUCGUCUGUGACCGUACCGAGCGAUUGGACCGAUAUUUCGCGAUCCAUGGCGAAGGAUGGAUGUGGUACGAACCCCCAUUGAAAGUGCAUCCAGACAGCACACCGAAAGCUCUAGCUACCGCCACACUUCCACGAACCGAAAACUGGUCAGGUCUCGGAGCCUACUACGUGAAUCAGGGAUUCUGGAAACGAAGCGGUUUCGUUCGCCGCAUGGCACAAACAGCGCAAAACAUGCAAUCCAACUUAGAGGACACCUUCGUUCGCGACCCAGUCGAUCCUAUGAAGGUAGAUUGCCAACAAGAUGGCCCUCGACUCUGCUACCGCUCCAUGAUGGACUCUGGUGCCACCUUUCCUACCUUACACAACGAGGAUCUCGUCGCGCUCGGGAUCAGCUCGCAAGACUAUGGCGCCCAAUCCAUGGCCAUGGUCCAAACAGCAGCUGGACCCUCAUAUACUCGCAUGUGGGAAUUAUUCGUCUGCGUCCUCGACGAGAACGGAAAACAGCUCGUAAACGCAUUCGAUGCCGUCUACCCACUCUCGCACCACUACCUCGGCGGCCUCUGUCCCGUCAUGAACUCCCUAACCAACCUACAAUACGACGAGCAAGGCAUCGAAAUCCCCGCUCGCUUAUCAGGCAUGGUUCCCUUCACCGCAUGCUACGUCUCCUCCACACCAACUCGGAAUUACAUGUUCCUAGGCGAGGAUCGCAACGAUGUCCUGGGCAGCCAUCGCAUGCCGGGUCAAAAGAAGUGGGCGAUCGAGAUGGAUGCCAUUGAGCCCGGGAUGCCGUUCGAUCGGUAUGGGAAUCCGAAGACGAGCUUUAAUCAUCGGGAUGGGUUGAUUACGGAUGUGGAUCAUCCGAAUAUGAGCCAUUGUUCGACAAUUACGUUCUUGGGGGGGCAGCCGGAUGAGACGGUUAUUGUUAGUAACCCGAGUAAUGUGCAGUUUAUGAAUCGGGUGAGUAGCCAGAUGGCUGCUGGAAGUGGGCCGUAG